CCAUCCACAGCCACAGUCACUCCACUCUGAGGAAGCUGCAGAAAGGCGGCAAACGGAGAGCAUUCCUACCUUGAUCCCGGAGUCUACUUGUUGAUUCACUCCAGAAGUGGGUCGCAGGACACACAGGACUUUUUUCUGUCAUUUUUUUCAUAUAUGUUUUGACAUUAUAUUUUCCAUCAUGGAGCGCGGCUGAUGAUGCAUCUCUGGGCUCCAAGCAAAGCGAAUGAGGCAGCGGCGGGCUUAACAAGUUGUAUCGCAGUUACACAUGAAAUUAUGCUGAUUUUUCCUCAUCAGGCGAAUCGUCACACCAGGGAGACGCCACAAGAAACGAAGGGGGUCCUGAUGCGGUCAUCUCCAGGAUCAUGUCUUCUUAAUCAUCCAGACUGCGUCUCCCGGGUUCUCAGAGUUUCCAACUGACCUGAGCGAAGAUGAUUAAAACCGGCCCCCGGUCGACCACCACGCUGCCUCCAGACACCAUAGACAUCAUCCGGACCAAAACACACUCCCGCCGGGUGAGACUCAAUGUUGGGGGACUUCUCCACGAGGUCCUCUGGAGGACUCUAGAGAGGCUGCCCCGUACAAGACUGGGCAAGCUGCGGGACUGCAACACGCACGAGUCCAUCAUGGAGAUAUGCGACGACUAUAGCCUGGAUAACAACGAGUAUUUCUUCGACCGGCACCCUGGUGCCUUCACCUCCAUCCUGAACUUCUACCGUACGGGGAAGCUGCACAUGAUGGAGGAGAUGUGUGCCCUCUCCUUCAGCCAGGAGCUGGACUUCUGGGGCAUUGAUGAGAUCUACCUGGAGUCCUGCUGUCAGGCGCGGUAUCACCAGAAGAAAGAGCAGAUGAACGAGGAGCUGAAGAGGGAGGCUGAGAAUAUGAGGGAGAGAGAGGGAGAAGAGUUCACUACCACAUGCUGCUCAGAGAAGAGGAAGAAACUGUGGGACCUGUUGGAGAAGCCAAGCUCAUCGUUUGCUGCUAAGAUCCUUGCAAUCAUCUCCAUCUUCUUCAUUGUGCUGUCUACAAUUGCCUUGUCUCUGAACACCCUCCCAGAAUUACAGGACACAGAUGAGUUUGGCCAGCCCACAGACAACCCACAGCUGGCUCACGUGGAAGCUGUUUGUAUUGCCUGGUUCACCAUGGAAUACCUCCUCCGCUUCCUCUCUUCUCCAAGCAAAUGGAAGUUCUUCAAAGGCCCCCUGAACAUUAUCGACUUAUUGGCCAUUCUGCCCUAUUAUGUCACCAUCUUCCUCACAGAGUCCAACAAGAGUGUGUUGCAGUUCCAGAAUGUUCGGCGUGUGGUCCAGAUAUUUCGGAUCAUGCGGAUCUUGCGAAUCCUGAAACUAGCCCGGCACUCCACAGGUCUUCAGUCUUUGGGCUUCACUCUCAGAAGGAGCUACAAUGAGCUGGGCCUGCUUAUCCUUUUUCUUGCCAUGGGAAUCAUGAUCUUCUCAAGUUUGGUUUUCUUUGCUGAGAAGGAUGAAGAGGACACCAAAUUCAAAAGCAUUCCUGCCUCCUUCUGGUGGGCUACGAUUACUAUGACAACUGUAGGUUAUGGAGACAUUUACCCAAAAACUUUGCUGGGAAAGAUAGUCGGAGGUUUGUGUUGCAUUGCAGGUGUCUUGGUAAUAGCCUUACCCAUCCCUAUUAUCGUGAAUAACUUCUCUGAGUUCUACAAAGAGCAGAAAAGGCAGGAGAAAGCCAUCAAAAGGCGAGAGGCUCUGGAGAGGGCUAAGAGAAAUGGUAGCAUUGUCUCUAUGAACAGUAAGGAUGCAUUUGGACGUAGUGUGGAACUAAUGGAUGUUAUGGUGGAAAAAACUGAGGAGCGAAAGGAGAAGCUUCAUGACAAUCACAUAUCUCCCCAUAGAGGAACACCCAGGAUCAAAUCGCCACUCAACCCCAGUAGCCCCAAUAAGACAAUUGAGUCAAACUACCAAGAAAAGGCUAAACCAGCUGGCAGUCCUCAGCACCUCAGCGCACAGACACUUGAGGAGUUGUACAACAAAAUGACAAGGGCACAGUUACAAGCUAACGCCAACAGCAAAGAAAAGGCUGGACAUUCAAAAUCAGCCAGGCAGAAAGCUGAAUUUGAGAUGGGAAGCAUAACAACAGAAGCCAUCCCAGGCACAACAGAGGCAGUGACAGACAUGAAGAGCAUUUCCAGCGUUGACAGCUUCAUCAGUUGCGGCCCCGAUUUACCCGAAAGCUCUAGAUUUUCGCAUGGCUCCAGCACCAACAUGCCUGGAAGGGUCAGUACCAACCCCAGCCUGGAGCCCACCCUGGAGAAUGAGCAUGAAGGAUUACAUGGCACUGCUAGCCCUGUGUUUAGCCAAAGCACCAAGCUCAACAGGGACAGCCCAAGAGGUCCACCUCUGAACAAUCCGCUUAAGGGCCGCUCACUAAAAGUCAGUGUCAGAGGUGUGGAGGACUCAGGGAAAGGAGGUCUCUCAGACAGCUCAUCGGUUCAGAGCCCAGAGACAUCCGUCUACACCACUGCCAGCAGCAGGACACCAAGCAAGAGCCCAGAGAACUUGCGGCCGAGCGUCUUCACAUUCCACGAUGCCUCUGUCAGUAAGUUCAUCGACGCUGACACGGAUGAAGAGGAGCACCUGCACGACAGUUCGGCAGCCAACGUGACCCAAAGACUUUUGGAGGGGGCGAGCCCCAGGUUUGGGCACCUUUCUGGUUUUCAGCAGGGUCCCAACCAUAUGGAGGGCCUCUCAAUCAAGUUGGGGAACAGCAGCCUGCCACUAGAGGGGCAAGAGAACCACAUUUCACCAGAGCUGCAGCUGCUUCAGGGGGAGAAGCAUCAGUUUAACUCUUAGAGUCAAAUAGGCUUGCACAAGGAAUAUGAAGUAGAGGGAGAGAUGACAGACCUAAAUUGAGAAUUUCAGAGACUUGUCUGGGAGCAAUUUUGCGGGGAGACUGAAAGAAAAGGCUUUCCUGCAAAAAUACAACUGCUGUGGAUUACUGGAAAUAGUUGUAUCUUCUUCUAAACACUCAUUAAAAAAUAACAAUCAAUUGUGCACUCAGAGUGAAAUAAAAGGAGGGAUUUUUUACUAUUUAUACAAGCCCAAAUAAGGUAAUCAUUACACUAGCCUCAAGAGUCUAGUCUAUCAUUUUUUAUAACCCACUUUUUCUGAAAGCCCUGGAUACAACGUUGAAGCCACAGCAGCAGAUACUGUCAAGUCUUUAGUGAAGCAUAAAGGGCACUGAAACAAGGCACAAUAAGAGGAGGUCUUUCAAAAUCCUUCAUUGCAGUAUGAAAGGAAGACACCCAUCUUCUUUUCCUACAGUAUUUAUAUUCAGUAUAUGUCCCAAAGGCAGAGGGUUGAGGGCAGGUUUUUGCUUCCUACGACUUCCUUCAAAUCUGGCCUUAGUUCAUGUUGUCCUGUGUUUUGCGUUUGGGUGGAAAGAAGGAAGCCUGAGGCAGGCUACCAGACAGAACAUAAAUAUCUGGGUAUGUGUGUGUGCAAUAACUACCUUUCACUUAGGUUAAUUAUGUAGCAAUAGUGCUCUUUUAUCUGACAUCAAAUCUUCAGCAGAAUCAAGUGUUUCAGUCUGUUUCUUUUAAGCGGCUCAGUGUCUCUCCUGGGUUGGCGUUUUUACUGCACAGGUUUCACAUAAACGCAGCAGAAUGACACUGUGAGGUCCCUCCUUUUCUCUCUUGUCCCCAUUUUGCCCCAGAGCUGGCGUCUUUUGAAAAUGAUUCCAAGUAAAGCUGUUGUGCUUUUGCUCUUCUUGUUAUAUAACCAGUGGCAGUUUUUAAUAUAGGAAAUAAGGCCUUCUACCCAGGGCGGUUCGCCACAGGGGGAGGACCACAGGGCAAAGAACAGAAAGCUGUUUGUCAGCUGUGCAUCAAACAGCUGGCUCAUUUGCAAACCCAUUGAAUGGGAAUCUGUGCCUCCCUGUGGUGUGAAGACCGUAAGCACUGAAAGAUUAUAUUGUUGUACACUGUUAUGAUAGUAAAGUUGAUUUUGAAUUUUUAGCUCAUGAUUUGGUACUAAGAGGAAUCUGGACUGCAUGGUCAGCCCUUAUCUGGAUCAUUCUUUACCAAGCAGAGUUUUUAAAAAAUACAAAUUAGAGAUUUAUGAACCAUAAAUAGCUAUCGUCUGUUAAAAAAGGAAGAAAAAAAAGAAAACAGAAGUAAAAAACCAAAAAAAAAAACAUAAUUUUAAUGCUUUCUUAGUAAUACGACCACAUUAAACUGAGACAAGCUUACAAUGCACAAGAUGUAGACUGGUUAAACCAAGGAUGGAUUUUGUUAAACUGAUUACAGAUGCUUUAAAUCUUGUCCAUUAUUCUCAAUUAAAUACUAGUUUAAUAUUUACAGUUCUUACUAUCGCUGAGAGUUAGAUAACCAAACAUAAUUCUUGCUGAAUGGGCUUUGUCAGGGGUAUUGGUGUGUGUUUAGUUUUGAUAGGUUGGCAGAAGGGGGGCUCGCUCAGGGCACCAUUCACACAGGAGCUGCCACUACUUAAACCUUUGUUCUGAAUGCCUGAAUGCGUCCUUCAGAUUAGGUUUAAUUUAUCUAUCAAAUAAUAAUUCUUUUUGAAUUUGUGUUCAAAGCAAUUGUAGCAGCUGAAGUGAGCUUUGCAUUGAACAAGUGGGGUAAGCAGUGAGAAAUCCAGUUAUGUAUGAGACUAAAUACUGCAAAGCAUCGCUGCAAAGUCAGACUCUACCAAAACAUUGCACAUCACCUGUCAAAUAAAAAAAAAGUUAUUUAUAUUUUUAAGAUAUUUUCUAAAAUGACUGACAUGUUACGUAAUGUCAUAUUUGUUUUAAUUCAAAGCACUGUAUAUACUGUUUCUAUGAAGGAGUGGCUUCUGUUAGACAAUGUUCAGCAGUAGAUAAUUUAUAAUGUUUGCUACCCUCUCCCUGUAAAUGCUUGUUGCAGUCCUUUUGUGUGCAAUGUAAAGAACCAAAGACUUGUUCUUUCUAAUGAUAUAUACUGAGAAGUGUACAUUUUGAUGUAUCAUCUAAAAUUGUUAAAGCAUUACUUU